CAGACUCGAGAAUUCAAGAACAGAGACAACUCCGCACAAGACUUGAGACAGAGCCGAAGGGACUGAGGACAGACCUCAGAGGUGUCGAGAGAGACAUUUACAGUCCUCAGAGCACUUGAGACAAAUACCUCAGAAGGAUUUUGGAGACUCGGCAAAGACAACUCUGAUCGCUGGGGCUUCUUCAAUAUCGACUUCUUGGCAACCUCGCACCUCUGAGAAGGGUGACAGCUGAAGUGUGACUUCAUACAGCACUGAAGGAGAAGUUACAGCAUCGGUUCAAAGGUCACAGUCAUGACGGCCACCAACGCUCCCCAAGACAAAUAUAAGGCUGUAUGGCUGAUCUUCUUCACCCUUGGGCUGGGCACACUGUUGCCAUGGAACUUCUUCAUGACAGCUACCAUGUACUUCACCAGCCGGCUCAAGGCCCCCGGCGGGAUGGACGAUGCUGCCGCUGCCGCCGGCAACGCCACCGAGGCCCCGCCCACGCCGGAGGAGGCGCUGACUCUGCUCCUGGUGGCCAAGUUCAACAACGUGAUGACGCUCUGCGCCAUGGUGCCGCUGCUGGCCUUCACCUACCUCAACUCCUUCCUGCUCUGGGUUCCUCAGAAGAUAAGAAUCAUGGGUAGUCUGAGCGUGAUUCUGCUGGUGUUCAUGGUGACGGCCAUUUUGGUGAAGGUGGAGAUUGCACCGCUGCCUUUCUUCGUGAUCACCAUGAUCAAAAUCGUCAUCAUAAACUCGUGCGGGGCCAUCCUGCAGGGCAGUCUGUUUGGCAUGGCCGGCCUGCUGCCCAGCACCUACACCACCCCCAUCAUGAGUGGCCAGGGCCUGGCAGGGACCUUCGCCGCCUUCUCCAUGAUCUGUGCCAUAGCCAGUGGCUCUGAGCUAAGUGACAGUGCGUUUGGGUACUUCAUCACUGCCUGCGCGGUCAUUCUCGUAGCCAUCCUGUCGUAUGUCCUGCUGCCAAAGAUGGAAUUUUUCCAGCACUUUCAGACCAAUAAGGGGGAGGACGAAGAGAAACAGAUGGACCUGCUGAAGAAAGGAUCUGCAACGGAGCAAACCAUGAGCUCGUCACAAAACUCCCAACAGAAGCCCUCUAUGGUGGUCAUCUUUAAGAAGAUCUGGGUGAUGGCCCUGUCUGUGUGCUUCGCCUUCACCGUCACCAUCGGCACUUUCCCUGCCGUCACCGCCGAUGUCAAGUCCACCAUCGCUAAUGGAGGCGCCUGGGAGAAAUACUUCAUCCCUGUCUCCUGCUUUCUGCUCUUUAACCUGAUGGACUGGGCCGGCCGCAGUCUGACAGCCGUGUGCACAUGGCCCGGUCAGGACAGUAAGCUGUUGCCGAUCCUCCUGCUCUGCCGUAUCGUCUUUGUGCCGCUGUUCAUGCUGUGCAAUGUGCAGGAGCGCUACUACCUGCCCGUGCUCUUCCACCACGACGCCUGGUUCAUCGUCUUCAUGAUCUUCUUCGCCUUCUCCAACGGAUACCUGGCCAGCCUCUGCAUGUGCUUCGGGCCCAAGAAAGUAGCUCCACACGAGGCGGAGACGGCCGGAGCCAUCAUGGCCUUCUUCCUGUCACUGGGUCUGGCUUUAGGAGCCGCCGUGUCCUUCCUGACCAGAGCCCUGGUCUAACUCCUCAACGCUCACUACUGAAGCCACAUGAGCACAUGCACGGGAACACUCUCACACACACACACACACACACACACACACACACACACACACACACACACACACACACACACACACAAACACACAAACGCACACACACUCGCACACACACAAACACACAAACGCACACACACACACACACACACACACACACUUGCUGACAUACAUUUACGUGACAAGUGCACACAUUUACACAGACACUCACAUGCACAAAGAGUGUAACUACCACUCUGACGUGACAGAGUCGUGUACAGCAGAUUUCGUCCUCUCAAUACAGGCACACACACACACACACACACACACACACACACACAAUCACUCACUCACACAAAAAACACAAAAAACACAGCAGACACACACACACACACACACACACACACAAACACACACACACACACACACACAGACACACACACACACACACACACACACACACACACACACACACACACACAAAGACACAGCAGACACACACUUGGAAGAUAAGUGUAUUCCUAGCAUGCUGUAUUCUCUAAUAACAUCCAUGUGCAGUAUACCAGACUCCAGAGUACAGGUUGUAUUGUGUCUUCCAGCAGCACUGAGGCAGGAGAGCUCCCCCGGCUCUAGGAUAUCCUCAGUGCCACCUUCUCCCAGUAGCCGUGGGAGAACCCAGACAAAACCUCUUUGGCCCAUUUGAAUUUCGCUCUGCAAAAGAGGCCAUUCAUCUGGCAAAGAGGCCAUUCACUCCCAUUUUCCGACGUUCCUAAAACCCGGGCACCAAUCACAACCGUUGAGGCGGGCUUAAUAUGAUGAUGACAUCAAAACAGUUUUGAAAAACACUUGUUUGUUGAGAUGUUUUUUUUUUUUUUUUUUUUUUUUUUCUUCUCGUUGCUCUGCAUAUGCCGUCUCCUUCUUUACUCCGAUUGGUUUUAGGACUAUCCAAUAGCGUCGGGGCGCAUUUUGAUCGGCGUCCGUUUGGUGACGCCCCUUGGAAAUGGGAGGUGAAUGAAGACGUUUUCAACUGAGAUCAUGUCUGGUGCUAACCAGGCUAUACUACCAGCAUUAUACUGCAGACAAGUCUGGAUCGUUCUGUUUGCGAUGCGUACGCUGCAGCACUUAGCCUCCACUAUAAUUGAUGGAAGUAGCUUAACCACACAUGGUAGCGGUGCGUACGCUUUAAAGAAAAACAAAAACAAAGGGAAAAAAAAGUUUUUACGUGAACGGAACGCUUCAGUUAUGCACCCGAUGUAAUCGGCCUGUUAUACUGCCAAAGUCUCCAGUCCUUUGUAACAUAUUUCAUACAAGCAGUCUAUGCAUAUUGCCAGAUAAGCUAAGAAUAGCCACACUUAAUCCUUAGUUGCCAGAUCAUGUAUAUGUAUACAGUAUGUAUAUGUAUAUGUACAGUAUAUGUAUGUAUAUGUACAGUAUAAGUAUUAUAUGCAUUACUCAAAAGGCCAACAUUUAAAUGUAAUUUGGUCUUGUUUUAACUCUUCAUCAUGCUGUUUUUGCCUUAAAUAUAUUUAGUAGAAAACACUGCGUUAGCCACAUAUUAAUUGCCAGUUUUAUUAGCUUUUCAUAUUGUACAUGUAUAAUAUAUUCUAAACACAUACUUUUUUUUACUUAUUUUUGAACAACAAGGUUUAAUUUGUGUUGCCUUGUAUUUCCAGGGGUUUACCAAUUAUGGUCUAGAAAGUUCUUUUUCAGAAAGCAGUUAUCGUGAAUGAUUUUGUCUACUGACGUGCACCUCGUGCAUAUGCAGUAAUCACCUCAUGAAUUAUAGUGCUGCGGAAGACUGAGCAAGUUUGCAGAUUUUCCACAUCUUUAUUUAGUUUAGAAUACAAUAUGACAGACCAAGUCUUGUGUCAUUGACUGAAAGCCUUGUAUCAUACACAAUUCCUGCUGUCUACAAUAACUGCUGCAGGCUGUAAUGUGAAUGUUGAAUGUGUGUGUUUCCUUGACAUUUGCACAGUCUUGUCAUUCUUGUAUGUAAACAAUCUUUUUUUUUUCUUUUUUCGUUGUAUUGUUUUACACCGCUGCAAUGAAGGUGGUGAUGGCCUUUUGUAAGGGCCAUUUCUUGGAAUAUGAAGGAGUCACUUCCUGUAAGUCCUUCAACACUCUGUGGCAUCCUUCAACAUUCUGUGAUGUCCGUUUGGUCACAUCCUUAAACAUUCUGUGAUGUCUGUCUGGUCACAGGUUGUACACGGGACUCAACAACUACAAAGCAGCUUGUUUUUGUUUGUUUGUUUGUUGUUGUCCCCCCCCCCCCAUCUUUGUUGAUGUGUCAUACAGACUACCUCAGUCUUAUAUGAGGCAUUCUGAUUAUUACCUUUGCAUUUUAUGAUUAUGUAUUUUGAAAUCAAAUAUAUCUGGAUUUUUGUUGUUUUACUAUGUUAAAACACAGUUGUACACUAUACCCCCUCCUCCACCCCACCCCCAAUACUUUUUAUGUCAUGUCGACAACACAAUUGCAUAAACUGUGUUGCGAGCCACACUGAACAAAUAUGAUAAUAAUAAUAAUAAUACAAAUAAACCUUAUGUAUUUUUCAAAGA